AUGGGAGAACUCGGUGCCCCGUCUCUGUUCAGCACUGCCAAAGCGCAGUGCAUCAAAGCUGCUCCAAGUCUUACUGACAUCGGAGACUUCGAGUACAUGCAAAUCCGCGACAUCCUCAAGGCAGUCAAAAAACCCGAACAGUUGCACAUAAUUGAGAUGAAUUCCCCACAAAUAAAGGGCGAAGAUGCCGAGCUCUGGCAAGCCUUCAUCGCCCGAGAGUUUCCUAACUGGCGAACAAAGAAUUACAUACCAAAGAACCCAAACAAGUGGUACGAAGUGUACCUAAAAUAUAAAUCCGAGCGGGAGGUGGAAAUUCUGCGUGACCGAGAAAACCUCAAGAAUUCGAUGAAUGCAUUGGCGCAGCACAAACAAAAUCAUCUCAGCAAAUUUGUAGAGCUCCGAGCUCUACCGAAGAUCCCAAGAGAAUAUGGAAUGCGGCCGAAUAAUGGAGGUGUUCCCUUGACCAAGGGAAGAGGGCUUCAAAAGUCUGCACCCAAUUCUUUGACUUGGAGUGGAGGGAGCAGAACGAAGAUGACGGAUGGUGCAAGUGUGCUGACGAGGGCACGUCGAGAAGCCAAGGAAAUAACUCAAAGAAGCAAGCUUGUUACACCAACAAGCAUGUUGUCGGGGCGACUCGGUCAAGUAGGAAGGGCACCUGCUGGAAUGGCCCAAGAAUACAAAAUUGCCAAUCAACCUGCAUUGAAGGUCUUGGCGAGACACAAGACAACAAGCAGACUUUCAGGUGGCACCAGUGGACUCUCACUUGAAGAUCGUGAAAAGAAAUUACGUGCUGCUAUGGUUAGCAAAAAGCCAGAUCCCAGUGCCCCCAAGGAGACAUAUGUUGGAUCAUCAGAUGACGAAACAUACGGCAACGAUGCGGACGACCUUUUCGAUGAGCCAGAAGAGGCCAGAUCAGUUCCCCGGGCAACUCGCCCACCACCUCCGUCUCGCAAGAUCAUCAAGCCAGUUGCACCAUCAAGUCGCCUUCGUUCUUCUUCCCCGCCCAAUAAGCCAAUAUCAAAGCCAUCUGGUGUUAUCUCCGGUAUAGUCAACAAUUCGAAAAGUUCUUUCUCUCCAGCAUCAUCUCGCACAAGUUCGGCACCACCAUCCCGUGCAGCCACGCCAAAGCCCAUGAUGCCCGCUCGCAGACGACCUGCCGAAGUCGACGUUUUCAAUCGUGGACCCAAGAAACCUAGAAGGUAA